CACAGUUGGUGGCUGGAUCCACACUACUACGAACAGCUGAGUCUCUUCUGAACUCAGCCAGGAGAAGAUUGCUCGACUGUUUUCUCCUCCUACAAGCUGUAAGGAAAGCCUAUCAGAGUUUCUGUGACUGACGCCAAGACCCAGCAGCCCUCAUGGGCUCCCCAGAGGAAAAAACCUUCAUCGAGCCUGAGUGUCUCCUAGACAUGUGUAGCAGAGAAGACCUGCAGCUCCUGCUGACUGAAGACGAAGCCUGGAACGAAUUGGUGGCAGAGGCUGAUUUGUCCAGGGAAGAGGAAGAUGCUCUGCGUGAAGCUCUGAGUGAGCUUUUAGCAUAUACAGAUGUGGACGACGAACACAGGCCCCAAAAUUACCUGCAGGACAGGGAGAUGUUUUUGAGAGAUUAUCCUCAGGUAAAACAGGAGCUUACAGAGCGCAUACGAAAACUCCACGCCCUUGCCGACAAGGUGGACAAGGUACACAGGGACUGCACCAUCUCCAAAGUGGUAGCCAACACUACUGGCGCUGUCUCUGGAGUCCUGACGAUCCUUGGCUUCGCCCUGGCACCUGUGACAGCAGGGGGCAGUCUGAUGCUUUCGGCCACUGGGAUGGGUCUGGGAGCAGCAGCAGCAGUGACUAGUGUUUCCACAAGCAUUGUCGAACAAGUAAACAUGUCGUCAGCUGAAGCGGAAGCCAAAUGCCUGGUUCCAACCAGCAAGAACACAGUGGAGGGGGCUACAAAACCUGUCAUCCUGAGUACAUCCAGCAUUGCUUCCUUACCCAGGAAUUGCUUCCAAAACCUGCAACGCAUUAGGAAGAAUAUCCGUGCCAUCCAGCUGGCCAAAGCCAAUCCUCGCUUAGCAGCCAAUGCCAAGCGCCUCAUGACCACAGGGAGGAUCUCGGCCCGAAGCACUAAACAGGUGCAGAGAGCCUUUGGAGGUACCGCUCUGGCAAUGACCAAAGGAGCCCGGAUCAUGGGUGCAGCAACUGCAGGUGUCUUCCUUCUGAUGGAUGUGGUCAGCCUUGUGAAAGAGUCAAAGCAUUUGCAGGAGGGGGCAAAGGCAGAGUCUGCUGCGGAGCUGCGACGCCAGGCUUGGGACCUAGAGCAGAAGUUACAGAAACUCAAUGACAUCUAUGACCUUUUGAAAUAAGCAUCGUUCAGUGACCUCUUCUUUUCCAGUGCAGCUCAGACAACAGGGGAAACAGAAAGAGGCAACAGAAGAUGAGAGCUCCAAAUACCUCCCCUCAAGGCUAUGACAUGAUGGUGGUAAUGUUCACAUGAAGAAACAGGAAACCAGAGCACAUGGAUGAGACAGUCUUGUAAGCUCCAACUGGGCCCUGUUUCUUAAAGAGCCCACCAUCUCCCAACAUCCCGCACUGAAGACCAAGCUCCCAACACAAACACAGGAAGCCUGGGGAAGCACAUUCAAGUCAUAACCAAGCCAUAGCCAUCCUGGUCCCAGCAGAGGUUCAACCCUCUCUGUCCACUGAACUGUCAACUUUCUCGUUGCUCUUUGAUUGGUGGCAUAGAGAGCCCUUCCUUUCUAGUUCUACCUAAUUGUGUUUUACCAAAUAAUUGCAAAUCUUACAAUCAAACUGUGGCUGUGAAUCCCAAAGCCCAAGAAACUCUUCCUUUAUUCUCUGGUUUUGGUUCCCUUGAGGUGAUGAGUGCUUCCGGUGAAAUGCUCAUAGAGAUGCUAACAGAUGGGGGGCAAAGGAGACAAUGAUGGGAAAAACAGGUGUAUAUUCAUUGCAGGUUCUUAGUUCUGCAUCACCAGCCGUGAGCUUUAAGACAAAGGAGAGGUAGUAGGGUACAGCAGGCGAGCUCUGCUCUCUGCAGCCAGAGUUUUGGGAAAAUCAAAGGUUUAGUUCCUGUUGAAGUUUUAAAAUCUACUGUAAAAUGAAUGAAAUCUGGGAGAUAAAUGUAAAAGG